UGGCCUGUUGACAGCAGUGCUUGGGUUCAUUGCUCGAGAGAGCUCCUAGGUGCUGAAAAACACGAGAUUUGGUUCGGAUUUGGUUGGGGAGUGGGAGAGUAGUCAAGCGUGGUGGACACAGACGAAGAGAUGAGCGUAAUAGGGAGACCACAGGGCAGCUGUGUCACUGUUCGUACCUUCCCUUCCUCCUCUCUUUCCAGAUGCGCUCAUGGCUCCGACGCUUCUUCAGAUGACGCAACUUGUGGGACUCCCACAUGGAUUGGAAGAGGUCUCACUUGUGUUUGUUUCAAGAAAAAAGGAGCUUAUGAACGUAUUUGCAUGAGUUUGACACCCUUACAGGAACAGAGGCUGCAAAGAUUGAAGCAUAGAAUGAAGAUAUACUUCGAUGCUGCAAGGCCAGAUCACCAGGAUGCUUUAAGAGCCCUUUGGUCUGCCACAUACCCUGGACAAGAACUUCAAGGUUUGAUAUCUGACCAAUGGAAGACAAUGGGUUGGCAAGGGAGGGAUCCAUCAACUGAUUUCAGGGGAGCUGGCUUCAUUUCUUUGGAGAAUUUGCUGUUCUUUGCCAUGACUUUUUCUACCUCCUUCCAGCGUCUAUUGAACAAGCAAGGAGGAAAGCGAGCCACAUGGGAGUAUCCAUUUGCGGUUGCUGGUGUAAAUAUCACAUUCAUGAUAAAGCAAAUGCUAGACCUAGAUUCAUCAAAACCGAGGACAUUUGUCGGAACAGUUUUCAUACAGAUGCUAUCAGAGAAUGAAUGGGCAUUCGACUUGCUUUACUGUGUGGCUUUUGUGGUCAUGGACAAACAAUGGCUGGAGAAAAAUGCCACGUACAUGGAGUUCAAUGACAUUUUGAAAUCCACUCGAGCCCAGCUAGAGAAAGAACUUCUAUCGGAUGAUGUCCUACAGAUCGAAGACAUGCCAUCUUAUAGCCUUCUGUGUUAGCUAUAGCCAGAAGGAAAAAUGGCUAGACUUGAUGCAUUGCUAUUUAGAUACCCUACUGGUGCUUUCUUUCUCUCUCAGCAUGCACGCAUGUGUGUGUGUGUCAUCAUGUGGCAACCAGGAUUGAAUCUGUAACCAGGGAUUGUGAGUUGUUAUAACCACUACCCGAUUGAAUAAUGUGCCACUUCUUGCUCAGUGUUUAUUCUCUGCUUAAAAUUGUAGGUGGUCAGUCCAAAAGUGAGGUGAUUUGGUUAUAGCUGAAGUCCCUCUGGCAUAUCCAAGUCUCCUAUUGAAGGGUUUGAAGGGAAGGCUAAUGCUUAAACUUCUCUUUUUCCACUUUUUGUUGCGCAUGAAUGCAGCUUUGUAUUUGAGAAAUGAUAAGAGAGAACUGUUCUUCA